CACACACACGGGCAGGCGCUCAGUGGGGCAGCGAGCAACGCUCCCGCGAUCGACUGAGACGCGGGCGAACCGCACGGAACCUCACGCGAGACCUCUCAGGUCGCGCCAAGCCCCGAGCGCGAGAGGCAGGGCCGCGAGCCGUGCCAGCGAGCGAGCGAGCGAUGGCCAUGAGUGGAACGUUGCAGCGCAUGCUGAUCCUGCUGAUGCUGAUCAUCGGCAGCUUCACGUUCGGAUUCAUCAUGCACGCGGCAAGGACUGGGAACUUCUACAUGGAGGCUAUAACCAUAGCCUUGCAGUCUCCAUUUCAUACCCCCAGAAUAGAAACCAACAUUGACAACAGGGACCAUCCCGUGAGCGUUCCAGAUUCGAUGUUCAACCCCAGGGCCCGCGAGGACGUGAGGACGGAGGCGCCGUGGGGGGCCCCCAUCGUGUGGGACGGAACCUUCCAGCCGGACCGCGUGGACCGCCUCUUCGAGAAGAGGAAGGCGCGGGUGGCGCUCACCGUGUUCGCGCUCGGCCGGUACCUGGACAAAUACCUGGCCAGAUUCCUGACGACGGCCGAGAAGCACUUCAUGGUGGGACACAACGUGACCUACUACGCCUUCGUGGAGAAUGCCAGCCGCGUGCCGAACAUCGAGCCGCUGGCUCCGGGGCGCUCGCUCGCCAUAGUGGAGGUGGAGAAGCGGGCCCGCUGGCAGGACAUCUCAAUGGACCGUAUGAAGAUGAUCGGCGACCUGAUCGAGAGCACCGCGGCGCGCUCGCACGACUACAUCUUCUGCUUCGACGUCGACCAGCACUUCACGGCGCGCUGGGGCGCCGAGGCGCUGGGCGACACGGUGGCGCUCAUCCAGGCGUGGUUCUUCGACCAGCCGCCCGAGGCCUUCACGUACGAGCGGCGGCCCGAGUCGGUGGCCUACAUCGCGCCGGGCGCCGGCGACUUCUACUACCACGCGGCGGUGUUCGGCGGCCGAUGCGCCGGGGUGCUGAACGCGACGCGCGGCAUCUACGCGGGCAUCACGCGGGACCGCGACGCGGGCGUCGAGGCCCUGUGGCACGACGAGAGCCACCUGAACCGCUACUUCAUGGACCACAGGCCCAGCAAGCUGCUGUCGCCCGAGUACUGUUGGGACCCCAAGAUCGGCAUGUCGCAGGCCAUCAGGCUCGUGCGCCUCGAGUGGGCGCCCAAGGAGUACAACGCGCUGCGCGAGAACGAGGACUGAGCGGCGGCGGCGGUGGUGGCGG